CAGUGUCACGCGAUAGUACUGUGACACUGGUUUUUGUUGACUUCCAGUUCUCCUUUGACAAAGUAUUGAUUUAAGACGAGACUGAGCAAACAGUCGAGCCGUUGGUAAUAUCUAGGUUAAUGGAGAUAAUUGAAGACCACUGGGACGUGCUUCAGUCAUUAAAGGUUUGAACUCUUGUUUAUAACGACAAAAACACUUAAAGUUGGUGGAGGAUGGCUAAUAACAGGGAUGCCAGUGAGAGCAGCCCUCUUUUGGACUCUACUUCUGGAUACCGACCCUCAGCGCCAUCAGUUUUUCAGGGACGAAGACUGGCGUGUGCAGCCAUCCUGCUUGCUGAAUCAUUAGAAAGGAUCGCUUUCUAUGGCAUCACAUCCAAUCUGGUCCUGUUUCUCAAUAGCAGCCCCUUUUAUUGGGAGGGCACCCAGGCGAGUCAGGCACCUCUGAUGUUCAUGGGAGUCACCUACCUGAUAUCACCAUUUGGAGGCUGGUUUGCAGAUGCAUACCUGGGAAAGUUCUGGACAAUUGCUUCAAGUUUGAUACUUUAUUUUAUUGGGAUGCUGUUAUUCCCUUUCAUUGCAAAUGAAGACACAAGGAUUGAACUGUGUGGAGAAGAGUUGGCGUUUCCUGUGCAACCUGCUGAGUGUCUCAGUAUAAAUGGGACCAUUCCUAACAAUGUAACCUGCCCCAUUCGCACAGCAUAUUGUGGCCCGGUUGUCUACAGUGGACUGUUUUUGAUUGCAUUAGGUGUGGGAACUGUGAAGUCCAACAUCACACCAUUUGGGGCAGAUCAGGUGAAAGAUCGAGGGCCAGAAGCCACACGCAGGUUCUUUAACUGGUUCUACUGGUGCAUUAACUUGGGAGCCAUCCUGUCGCUGGGAGGUGUGGCUUACAUCCAGCAAAACAUGAGUUUUACGCUGGGCUACAUCAUUCCCACCGUGUGCCUGGGGGUCUCCUUCGUAGUCUUCCUCCUGGGCCGGACUGUCUUCAUCACCAAGCCUGCUGACGGUAGUGCUUUCACGGAUAUGUUCAAAAUCCUGGGCUUUGCCUGCUGUUACCAGAGAACAAAGGAGCCUAACCAUCUCCGGACAAAACCAACUCUCCUAGAUAAUGCCAAAGUGACCUAUGGGGGAAAAUUUCCUGAGGAGAAAGUAGAGGAGGUGAAAGCCCUGUUGAAAAUCCUCCCAGUUUUCUUAGCACUGAUCCCUUACUGGACCGUGUACUUCCAGAUGCAGACAACAUACAUCCUGCAGGGUCUCCAUCUGAAGAUUCCUGACAGUGCCUCGAACAUCUCUGCUGACCCCCACAAGAUGGCGUUCCGCUUCCCAGCCGCCUGGCUCACCAUGUUUGAUGCUGUGCUCAUCCUUAUGCUGAUUCCCCUUAAGGACAAAGUGGUCGACCCCAUCCUGAAACGGCGCGGCCUGCUGCCUUCCCCUCUGAAGAGGAUUGCAGUGGGGAUGUUCUUUGUCAUGUGGUCGGCCGUGGCAGCAGGUAUUUUGGAGACCAAACGCCUUGACAUCGUCAGAUCAAACGGCACCAUUGACCAGGUGCUUGGCAACGUUAUCUACUACGCGGCAGAUUUACCCAUAUGGUGGCAAGUUCCCCAGUAUGUGCUGAUAGGAAUCAGCGAAAUCUUUGCCAGCAUUGCAGGUUUGGAGUUUGCCUAUUCUGCAGCCCCCAAGUCCAUGCAGAGCGCCAUCAUGGGACUCUUCUUCUUCUUCUCUGGGGUCGGCUCCUUUGUGGGCUCUGGCUUGUUGGCUAUUGUCUCCCUCAAGGCGAUUGGCUGGAUGUCAUCCCAUAAAGACUUUGGUAAUAUCAACGACUGCCACUUGGACUACUACUUCUUCCUCCUGGCCGGGAUACAGGGCGUCACCUUGCUCGUCUUCCUCAUCGUCUCGGUUAAGUACGACAAGCAGAAAGGCAAAAAUGAAAGCCCAAGGCAUAGACGCAUCUCCUCCUGACCCCAGCAAGCAUAAACAUCCCCACUCACCAUACCUGCCUUUUCCUGCGUUUGCUCAGUGCCCAAAGACCCUGUCCAAUCAGUGCUUUUUACAGUACUUCCUCCUACAAGUGUUUGGUUUACUGGAGAAAGUAACAGGUUAUAUUUCUAAUUUAAGUUUAUUUUAGCUUUUAAAUGGUAACUGUGACACCUGUUGAUGUAAAAACAGCCAACAAACGUUAUACAGAUCUGCAGCUUUUGAUGUGAUGGCCGAUAAACAUUAAACAUUUCCCUCUAACGUGAUAGCAGUUGCCUACUAUGAACAUGAUACAUGAUUUCCUGCAAACGUAUCAGCUCUAACAUUUGCAGGGAUUUGCUAUGUUUGUGGGAAGGUGAAAUUUUUAAGCUUUCAAAAUUCUAACUUCCUGCAAAUGUAACAUAAAAAACUACAACAAUCCUUGUGCUCAUUUUGCAACCUUCAAUGCAUAGGAUUUUUUUUUAAAACAUAAUGAAAUACAAAUAUAAUGACCAUAUAAACUAUAAAACAGGUGCAUGUGAUUGAAAGCGCAUGUGCAUGUACACCUCCUGCACACCAUAGGAUGAGAGGAUGUCACUCAGGACAUUUUAUUUGUAGUAAAUGUAACAUAUCUAUCCUUUCCUUUCAACAUCUUUCAGUUAAGAUAAACCUUCUCUUGGCAAGCCUGUGGUAUUUUCUAAUUAGCUGAUUUCAACCUAUUAACAUGCAUAUGGGUUAGGCACAGUGAUGUGGUGCAGGGUAAGGAUGGGUAUGCAGAGUAUAUCCCCCUUAGUUGUUGUCUCUGUAGAGUAUACCCACUCAUUUUUGCCCUCCUCUGGGUUGAAAAGGGGAAAAACAGGUACCUUGAGUACACUGGUGCAUUGCUUUGUAAUGCAUUAUUCCAAACACUAAGGAAUUAUCCCCUCAAAAUGCAGAAUCAUGUAUGUAGGUACGUCACGCCCACUUUGCUGGUACACAUUACCAUACAGAUUUUACAGAAUCGAUAUGACUUAUAUGCUGUCAUGGCAGUUUUAUAACGUUUAUCCGCCAUGUUGCAGUUGACAAAAAAGCCAGCAGAUGGCAGCAGUCAUGGAACUUCACGAUGCAGCCCCAGCACAUGUCCUUCUCCCCACACCAAAACAAGCUGGUACUCAGACCGGGAACAUGUAUCAUAAUUUUCAAAUGUAGCCAGCGGGCUAAAAGCAGACAUAGUGGAUUAUUUCGGGUUUCUUCGAACAGCAGACAGUCAUGAGUUGAACAUGUGUCAUACAAGCUGUAAGAAGGUAAAACACUUCAGCAACACCAGUCUUCAGCAGCACAUAACACCAGGCUUAUUAGCAGUUAGCAACAACAGCUUAGCUCCCCGGGCUUGUCUCUGUUGUCCCAACCAGCAUUGAAUGACGCUGUAAACUCAAAGUUUCCCUCAACUUGUGAUCAGAUAUCAUAAGCAGCACUUUAUGCGUUAUUUGUAAAGACAUGAGCUGAACAACGGUGCUGAUAAAGGCUUCAGGCAGUGUUAGCAAUGCUGUUUAAACCUCACUCAUCCUUUCAUUACAGAAACAGCGAUGCUGUUUUAAGCCGUAAAGCAAAGCAAAAAGACAUUCUUAAAAAAAAAACACGAGUUUAUUAUGACAACCAAAAAAAGGCACAGAGCAACACAGUAGCAGCAGGACAACAGAGAGAAAUGCCAUGCACUCACUGUCUCAGCGUCCCCCAUCGCUCAUGGCUGAUUGGCUAUUAUUUGGAUGGCAUCAAGCUAAUCGGGUAAUGUUAUAAGUAGUUGAGACUGUAGAGCAUGGGUCUUCAACUACAGCCAUACAAUUAGAGUACAUAUUUAAUUUGACUGAAGUUUUAUUGUAUUAUUAACUGUAUUUUCUUUUAAAACAUAAGUAAAUUUUAGUCAUUAAUGGUGAAACCAGUCCCCAAAACUUAACAGCAGCCACCUAUGAGGGAGUGAUUGAAAUAUUUUAACUACACUUUUCUAAGGCUGUCAGAUUAUCCAUCAGGGGGUUUAAUGGUUGUACGGUGUGCAUAGUAGGUGCAAAAACUUUCAGGAAAUAGGUGUUUUGUUCUGAUGCUUGGGCAGGGAAAUUGCACUCUCCAAGAGCCUGAAGUAGAAAGAUGGCUCAGAAAACUGCAGGUUAUAUCAGGACUGGACUGAUUAUGGACUAAUUAUGUGGUUAUUAUGCAUCAUCUUUAAGAAUAAUGGCUGGCAGGUAGAGUGCUGUAAAAAUCGGACCAAAAUUCAGUAUUUUCUGAUAAAAGUGUCACUAUUACCCAUUCACAUCCUGAUAGUGAAUGCUGCUGCUUAGAUAGGCCAUCAGAGUUGACUAAUCCCAUUCAAACUCACCCAUACACUUUCACACACCAGUGGCGCAUGUGGAAACAGUUUGGGGUUAAGUGUCUUAAGGACACAUCAACAUGAGACUGCAGGAGCUGAGGAUCAAACCCCUGACCUUUUGUUGAGGGUCCAACUCUUCCUACUGAACCACAAUCGCCCCGAAGGAAACACAGAUAGAGAUAAUCAGGCAAAUGUCGAUUAUUGGUCCUGAUAAUCAGCUAGGCUGAUAAUCAGUUGACCCCUAGCAGGAGUAACUAAACAUCAUUUCAUCAUCAUAAAGAUCAUUUUGCUUAGUCAAUUUUGAAAGCUGAACAUUUUCACAAACAUAAAUCACUGCAAAUGUAAGAGCGAAUGCAUGUGCAGGAAAUCACGUUUUAACAGUUGGAAAUUUAUUUUACAUUUGUUGGAUAUAAACAUCAAAAGCUGCAGGACUGUGUCACAUUUAUGGUGUAAUAUCUUUGUAGGCUGUUGCUACAUUUUGGAGUGCUACAGAGACUUUUUCUCCUUUUAGAUACCAUUACUGGAUAAAUGUUCCAGGACAAAUGCACUGUCCCAGAGUUAGUAUAGUGAGUAAUGCAGAAGUUGUUGCUACCUUCCUCUUACGUCUUCACCCUUGAUGCCUUUCUGUGCUCAUUUGCACUUGACUUGAGGAGUAGUGCCAUAAAACACAAUUAGACAUCUUCUAAUUGUGGAGAAUGAUAGGUUGUUUUAUAGUAAGGUUUUUAUUUUCUAACUAAAUCCUAUUCGUGGACUAACCCUUUAACUGACCCCGGUGUGAUCCAUUAGUUUUGAAAAUGUUGCAGUAGUGGGGUAUUAAUUGUACUUGAAUGUUUAAGCAUUAUUCCUUGAUUAUAACCACUGUCAGGAUUCUGGAGAGCUUCAAUUACCUGUGCAGUAUUGGAGUUCUAAUCCAGUGUAAUGUGAAAUUAAUUUCAGAGGGUGCAUUUAUGUUGAAGUGUUGCUGCCAGUUCUUUCAAAUGAUUGCUGUUAAAGCGGAGCUUUUGUUUGAGGAGAAUCUAAGAAACAAACUUUCUAUUUGACUCAUCGAAUAUUCAAUCCCGCUUCCUCUGCGUGUGAUUACAUACUGUAAAUCCACAUUAAUCCCUGCGUGAAUCCUCCAUAAAUCCUCCAACAGCUCCAUACAUUAAUAAAGAUGACUCCUCAUGUAAGAAGUACUCCAUGACUCAAAAAAAAAAAAAAAAAGGUUUCAUUUCUGGUGAAGCUGCAGAACUGUACGUCCACAUUACAAACACCUAAUUAGAAAUGAAGCAUUAGCUUAAAAGACAACCUUGACUGUGGCUCUUUAAGAAUCCACUGCUUUACUGCUCGGAUCAUGAUGAAAAGUCAUGCUGGACUUAACUAAUAAAUAACAUGAACCCGUUUACACUGACAACAUUUUAUAUUUUAUAAUUUCAUAGAAUAAAUCAGGUCUCAAAGGCAGGAUUUUUUUACAGUGUUAUCAUGACUUUGCAGCUUUGCCAGAAAAUGUUUUGUUCCUGUAUUUAUUAGACUGUGAUGCCUUUUUUUUAGCGUUAUAUUGCUAAGAAAACUGCUUGUGUGUGUGUGUUUCCCCAAUACUCAGAAUGGGUACAGCACAAGGUAAUGAAUUUUAUUAAAAAGCAAGAAAACUCAGGGCUCGAGGAAGAAGUGUCGAGUGACAUAACUCUCCAGGAAAUAUAGAACUGCCUUUGGGAGCUCUCAGCGGUGUUUACCCUGUGGUGUACAUAAAGUGACAUUUGUAACAGCACAUGAAAGCAAAGAGCUUUUUCUCCAGCGGUACGCCUGUUUAUUUGUGAUUUUAGUUGUGUUUAAUUGGUCAGAUAAAUGGAUGUUCCUUGUUUUAAUGCUUAUUUUAUAUAUUUGCUUUGUCAUCUCAGUCCUCUUAAAAGAGUUUAUUACAUUUUAUUUUGGAGUUUUUCUUCUGUUUUCUUAAUGCUGCAGAACUGGAAUGAUGUUUUGUGGUUUUAUUUGUGGCCAUUAAAGUGUAUUGAAUUAAAUUAA